AUGUCGCUGCUCGAACCAGCUGUUGUAACUCAGGACGAAGCACAUGUCCACAUACCUGUCAACAAUGAGACCGCCAACACGGUUGACCAGCCCAUUAUCUCAAGCACACCCGCGCAGCCAACGCCCAUCGAAACGGAGCCAAUAUCAGCAGACACUGCGCCAUCCGCACCAACCGCGCAAAUCACUCAUCAAGAACUAGUAACUGCCAGCAACGCAACGAUCGACGCUGACCAAAGUCACCAGCAACGGUCGCCGCGAUCCAGCCUUGGCCCGCACACAGCCAACCGUAAGUCGCUCAUUAUGAAAAGCGCGCCACGAGUCCCCUCCACGCUGCGCCGGGUUGUAGACGCCACUGACAGCGAUUUGAAAGAUGAUGCCGACGCCGACAACACUAACAACUACUCUACGUGGCGCCCGGUAUACCCGCCAGGCACACCGCCACUUCCCCCCUUGCCAACCAAACAUUCAUCGCCCUUGCUGCGCAGAGACUACAGCGAGCCCACGCUCAUGAACUUGGUUGACAAAUCGACCAGCAGCACCAAGUGCCUGCCGUAUCCGCACACUCUUGACAGCUACAUCCCUCGCCAGCGGCCGCACAGCCUCAACACACUCUCUAGCAUGUCAUGCCGCCUGUCAAUCAUUACAUCUGACGUCGACUACACCGAGUAUUCGCGCAAAAAGAAGGCACUAGUCGUUGUUCGGCCGAGCAAAGUGCGCGGCUGGGCCCGAAUGUUGAGCGGAAAACUAAAGGUAACAUUUCUUUCGCCGUUCUUGCGCUAA